AAAAUCAAAUCCAAUUGAGAAAACCCAACUUCAAAUUCGAGAUCUGAAUUUAGGGAUCUCAAAUUGAAGAGGAUGACGAAGGAUUUCCCAAUUCCACCGGUUGUUUUCCCUCCCAGUGGAUCAUCUCCGGCCACCGCAAAUGUUCAGCAACGCCGAGUUCCCACAGCUCCUUACCAACCACCACGUUCUUCCCCCGGUUCAUUUUCAAUCCCUUUCAUGCCAUCUGAAAUCGGAUCCUCCGUCGCUACUUCAGUACCGGCCGGACCAUUCAGCGGAACAAUCUCUUCUUCAUCAUCUUUCGGUAGAGGAGUCUCUGCUUCGUUUGAAGAUGAGGAGCCUUUACUCGACGAACUCGGUAUCCAUCCAGAUCAAAUCUGGAAGAAAACUAGAUCGAUUCUUAAUCCCUUUCGAAUCAAUCAGACUGUUCACAAAGAUUCAGAUCUCUCUGGUCCGAUCUUCUUGUACCUUGCGCUUUGCUUAUUUCAGCUUCUCGCUGGGAAGAUUCAGUUUGGUGUUAUUCUUGGUUGGGUUGUUGUUUCCUCUAUUUUCUUGUACAUUGUCUUCAAUAUGCUUGCUGGUCGAAAUGGGAAUCUUAAUCUUCAUACUUGUACGAGCUUAGUUGGUUACUCUCUGCUUCCGGUUGUGAUUUUGUCUGCGGUGUCGUUGUUUGUGCCACAAGGUGCUGGUCCGGUUCGGUUUGUGCUUGGGGCGGCGUUCGUGUUGUGGGCUACUAGAGCUUGUUCUAAUCUGGUGGUGUCUCUUGCUGAUGGAGGAGAAGAACACCGUGGUUUGAUAUCGUACGCCUGUUUCUUGAUCUAUACUCUGUUUUCGCUUCUCGUUAUCUUUUGAAUAUCGAUAGAUUGUUCAUCUUUCCUGUUCCAUUUCCAAGUAGCUUAAUUUGAAAUCUUAAAGGUGUUUAUGGUGAAAUAGCUGAGACAUUGUAAAGGUUUUUUGAUAACUUUAGAGGAAGUUGUUGUUGAUGUGGUUUAAGUAAUUGGAUUUGAUGUUCUUUGAUCUCUUACUAUUGGAAAUCUCUUAACUUUUAUGCUAUAUUCAUUCUUUUGUGGUCCUCUUUGACAGCUUCUUGACAUGAAUUGUUAUUUGACUGUGAGCGUAUUCAACUACUCAUUUUAAGCAUAUAUGUGUUGAACUAAUGCAGUUUUGGAAGAGCUUAGAAUGGUUCUGUUUUGUUAAAGGCCAGUUGUGUGUUGGGAAGAAAGUCACUAAGAUGUUUUGAUUAAAGCCACUUAGGUUGAUUCAACUACGAUGAUAUUAUAAGUGACUAGAGAGAAGUGUGUGGUUUGGCUUGAGAUUGUUCUAUUAGUAGGGUAAACUUUUUGCCAUCAGCGGAAUUCCCUUGGCUACUGGAGAAAGAUAAGAGUGUUGGCUUGAAAGUGUUGUUGAGGUUUCAGAGGAAGUAAUAGAGGUGAACUUUGGAC